GCCCGAGUGACGCGUAAAAAGCUUACGCUUAAUCAACAUGGCGUCACAGCAGGGAGAGGUUGAUGAGUUGUUCGAUGUUAAAAAUGCAUUUUACAUUGGUAGUUAUCAACAUUGUAUUAAUGAAGCACAGAAAGUGAAGACAUCAGGACUAGAUAAAGAAUUGGAGAAGGACCUUUUCCUGUACAGGGCAUACAUUGCUCAAAGAAAAUACGGAGUGGUGCUGGAUGACAUAAAGGCCAGCUCCUCUGAGGAGCUGAAGGCUGUCAGGAUGUUUGCAGACUACCUGUCCAAUGAGGCAAGAAGGGAUGCAAUCGUGGCAGAGUUGGACAAGAAGAUGAGCAAGAGUGUGGAUGCGUCCAACACCACGUUCCUGCUGAUGGCUGCCUCCAUCUAUCUACACGAGAUGAACACGGAUGCAGCAUUGCGUGCCCUGCAUCAGGGGGACAGCCUCGAGUGCAUGGCAAUGACUGUUCAGAUUCUUCUCAAGCUGGACAGAGUGGACAUGGCAAGGAAAGAGCUGAAAAAGAUGCAGGAACAGGAUGAGGACGCUACCCUGACGCAGCUGGCCACCGCCUGGGUCAACCUCGCCACUGGUGGAGAGAAACUGCAGGAUGCCUUCUACAUCUUCCAAGAAAUGGCUGACAAGUACUCGCCAACUCUGAUCCUUCUGAACGGCCAGGCUGCCUGCCACAUGGCCCAGAACAAAUGGGAUGAGGCCGAGUCUGUCCUGCAGGACGCACUGGACAAAGACAGCAGCCACCCUGAAACACUCAUUAACUUAAUUGUGUUGACGCAGCACCUGGGCAAGCCUCCCGAGGUUACAAAUCGUUAUUUGUCUCAGCUAAAAGAUGCCCACAAGUCACAUCCUUUUAUUAAGGAUUACCUUGUUAAGGAGAAUGAGUUUGACAGACUUGUAAUGCAGUAUGCUCCCAGCGCUUGAAGCCCACUGACCGACACCUCUUCAAUUCUUUUUUUCAAGCUGUUCUGUAUCUUAUGAAUGCUGACAUCAAAACACAUUUGUCCCUUUAUUUUCCUUGUUUGGAAUAUGUUUUGACUCGCUCAUUAUUUGUACAAGCAUUCCAUUAUUCUGGUUCAAUAAAUCCUUAUAUCAUGUUA